CACCAAUUUUUAAACCACUUCUACUAGAAAAUUCAUUCCUAAUGCAUAAACUCAAAUCCUUAUUUAAUAAAUUAAAUGUCUCUAAUAAAGAUUCUAAUUCAAUAAACGCAACAAUUGCAAAAACAGAUGUAAUAACAGAAAAUCAUCAAUCAUCAAACAAGCAAGAACUUAAUGAGGCUUCUUUAAAUAAAAAUUGUUCUUAUUGCAAUAAACCAUUUACUGAAGAAUUAUGGUGUAAAGAAUGUGAUCAUCGUCGCAAGAUUGAAGGUUGGACCAGUGGAAAUAAUGACGUUGAUAAAUUUAUCAAAGAUACAAUUUACGAUGCAAGAAAUACUUAUAAGGAAUCUCUUAAAUGGGUACCAUUUGGUAGGUUUAAAGACGUAAAGCAAAUUGGCGUAGGAGGAUUUGCAAAAGUGUAUUCUGCAACAUGGAUUGAUCAUGGAAUCAAAGUUGCUUUGAAAAGAUUAAAUGGAUCAAAGAAUAUGUCAGCUGUAUAUUUAAAUGAGCUUAAAAUACAUUGGAAUUUUUAUAAAGAAGAUAGUAUGUUUUCGUUAAUAUUUUAUGGAAUGACCAAAGAUCCUGAAACUGAAGAAUUUAUGAUGAUUUUACAAUUUGCAGAUGAAGGAAAUUUGAGAAGUGUUCUUUCACACAAUUUCAAAAACAUUUUAUGGAAAGAUAAGAUAAUAUAUUUAUAUUGGUUAAUAUAUGGUCUUAAAAAUUUACAUGAUUUAGGAUAUUUUCACAAAGAUUUUCAUAGUGGAAAUAUUUUACAAGAAGGUGGAUAUCAAACUUAUAUUUCAGACUUUGGAUUAUCUGGACCAUCAAAUAAACAAAAAUCAGAUGAUAAAAUAUGUGGUGUGUUACCAUAUAUUGCCCCAGAAGUUUUAAAUGGAGAACCAUAUACAUUAUCAUCUGAUAUCUAUAGUUUUGGUGUAAUUAUGACAGAAUUAUCAUCUGGAAUACCACCUUUUCAUAAAAGAAAACAUGAUGCUACCUUAGCAUUAGAAAUAUGUAAUGGACUCAGACCAAAUUUUGGAAAAGGAACUCCUGAAAUUUAUAAGAAACUAGCUUAUAAAUGUAUGAAUGCUAAUUCAAAUCAAAGACCAACAGCCAGUGAAUUGCAUGAUAUUAUAAAGUUUUGGUACUGUUCUUCUCGUCAUGAUAAAGAAUAUCAAGAAGAAGAAAAAUUUGGAUAUAAAGGAAAAGAAAUUGAGGCUAUGUUUGAAGAAGCUGAUAAAGAAAUACCAAAUAUUUCGACUUCAUAUGAAAAAAACCCUGAUGCUAUAUAUACCAGUAGAUUAUUUACAUUUAAUAAUUUAACAAAACCUAUUAAUUCAUCUCUUAUUACAUCAUACCUUGAUGAUGAGGAAAAUAAUAAAGACUGUCAAGAUUCUCAAUUAUUUGACUUAGAGGUUUCUAGCUCAUUACAAUUAAAAGAUGAUGCUAAUAAUAAAGAUGAUUCAACUAUUGAAUGAUCAUAUACUAUUUAUUUUAUGUCAUGUUAUAUCUAUUACUGGUCAAUAUCUCAAGAAGAUGCAUACGAGCAAUAGUAUUAUGGACUUAUGGUAUGGCUCUAAUUGUCAAUAGUUGAUUCCUAACUAUGGUGAUAACCUGUGAUUGCAAAUGAAAAAAGUUUUUGUUUUUUAUUUGUAUACCUAAAAGAAAAUUUUACACAUUUAUUUUUUUAUUCAACUUUUAGUAUAAUUAUAUUAACAUUAUUAUUAACAUUAUUAAAUUAAAUUUAUA